AUGCAGCCUACUCCCACCAGCCUUUUCCACGACGGUGCAGGGGGUGAAGCGUCCCCCGCGGAGGCUGCACCCCGUGCCCGGUCGGGGAAAAGGCUCGCCAGGGCGGGUUGGGGACCGACGCGGAUCCCCAGCCUGUUCCCGCAUUGGUUCCCGAAUUGGACGAGUGAGUCGGAACUAAAUGAAACGCGGGAGGCUCUUUUAACCCCUUCCUCCGACUACGAUGAUGAGGAGUUCCUGCGAUAUCUCUGGAAGGAGUAUUUGCAUCCCAAGGAAUAUGAAUGGGCGCUGAUCGCCGGCUACAUCGUCGUAUUCAUUGUGGCUCUCGUUGGGAACGUCUUGGUUUGCCUUGCAGUGUGGAAGAACCAUCACAUGCGCACCGUUACCAACUACUUCAUAGUGAAUCUCUCUCUGGCUGACAUUCUGGUCACAAUCACUUGUCUUCCAGCAACCUUAGUUGUGGACAUCACAGAAACGUGGUUCUUUGGGCAGACCCUCUGUAAAGUGAUUCCCUACUUACAGACAGUUUCAGUGUCUGUGUCUGUCCUAACACUCAGCUGCAUUGCUUUGGAUCGAUGGUAUGCAAUUUGUCACCCUUUGAUGUUUAAAAGCACAGCCAAGCGAGCAAGGAACAGCAUUAUAAUUAUCUGGAUUGUGUCCUGCAUCAUAAUGAUUCCUCAGGCUAUUGUUAUGGAGUGCAGCAGUGUUUUCCCAGGAUUAGCCAAUAAAACCACCUUGUUCACAGUGUGUGAUGAGCACUGGGGAGCUGAGGUGUACCCCAAAAUGUAUCACACAUGCUUUUUUCUGGUGACAUACAUGGCACCGCUGUGUCUUAUGGUGUUGGCCUAUUUGCAGAUAUUCCGGAAGCUGUGGUGUCGCCAGAUCCCAGGAACUUCUUCUGUUGUUCAGAAGAAAUGGAAACCUCAGCAGCCUUCAGCACAGCCCCGAGGGCUGGGACAAUCAACAAAGUCAAAGAUUAGUGCUGUGGCAGCUGAAAUAAAACAGAUUCGUGCAAGAAGGAAAACAGCACGUAUGCUAAUGGUCGUCCUUCUGGUUUUUGCACUUUGCUACCUACCAAUUAGCAUCCUUAAUGUCUUGAAAAGGGUUUUGGGGAUGUUUAAUCAUGCUGAUGACAGAGAAACUGUAUAUGCCUGGUUCACAUUCUCACACUGGCUUGUAUAUGCAAACAGUGCUGCCAAUCCUAUUAUUUAUAACUUCCUCAGUGGGAAAUUUAGAGAAGAAUUUAAAGCAGCAUUUUCCUGUUGCAUCUUUGGCAUUCGCAGCCACCAUGACGAACGGUUCAACAGAGGUCGUGCCAGUACAGAGAGUCGGAAAUCCUUGACCACCCAGAUCAGCAAUUUUGAUAACGUUUCAAAACUUUCAGAGCACGUUGUAUUGACCAACAUAAACACAAUUCCAUCAAAUGAUAUCCCAGCGAUGCUCAGCCCAUUGAAGUCAGCAGAGCUGCAUCUCCACAUACCUGGGAUGAACGUGACUUCAAACGUAGAUGAAGCCAUGAGGGUUUCUGCAGAAGACACUGUCAAACCAGAGAAUGCAGAGUGGGAUAAAUUUGUCCCUAGCAUAACUAAACUCACUUCGAUGGAGUUACAGCAAGGAUGACUUUGGCUCAAUACACUACAACUGCCACAGAGUGUCACAUGCUUUUAGCUGUGGUACCGACUACAACUGGACAAAGGGGUUCCUUCAAAA